UAUGACAAACCUCUAUAUCACCCUUGUGUAUGUACAGGAAGUAUACGAUAUAUACAUCAAGACUGCUUGGUGCAGUGGCUUAAAUACAGUAGAAAAGAAUAUUGUGAAUUAUGUAAACACAGAUUUGCCUUCACCCCAAUAUAUUCCCCUGAUAUGCCAAAGAGAUUGCCAAUUAAGGACAUAUUUGGGGGAUUACUGUCCAGUAUUGGGAGGGCCGUGAGGUACUGGUUUCACUACACACUGGUGGCCUUCGCCUGGCUCGGAGUUGUUCCCCUUACUGCAUGUCGUAUAUACAGAUGUUUAUUCACAGGAUCUGUCAGUUCAUUGCUAACCUUACCUCUAGAUAUGUUAUCCACUGAGAACUUAGCCUCAGAUUGUUUCCAUGGGUGUUUUGUGGUGACAUGUACACUGUGUGCUUUCAUCAGCCUGGUUUGGCUCAGAGAGCAGAUUUUACACGGAGGAGGCCCUGACUGGCUGGAACAGGACAAUCAACGAAGAAAUAACAAUAGGAACCCUCUGGAUGGGGUUGUCCUCAAUGACCUUGUUGGAUUAGGAGGAGGUGGAGCUAGAGCACCUGUAGCCAAUCAGAAUGAGGCUAACAAUGAAGGAGGAGGAGAAGGGGGAGGAGAUGUAGGUCAGGCUGCAGCCAAUGAGGAGGAGCAAGAGGAAGAUGGGGCUGAAGGAGUGGAUGGGGCAAACAAUGGAAAUAAUGGGGCACAAGAUGACAAUAAUUGGAAUCCUAUUGAAUGGGAUCGGGCAGCUGAGGAAUUGACAUGGGAGCGACUUCUGGGAUUAGACGGCUCACUUGUUUUUCUGGAACAUGUUUUCUGGGUGGUGUCUUUGAAUACUUUAUUUAUACUAGUGUUUGCUUUUUGUCCCUACCACAUUGGACACUUCACCAUGGUUGGAAUGAAGAUGGAUGACAUGGUGGAAUCCACCCACUUUGAGGGCCUUCUGACUACCAUGAUUGGAUACAUUGUCAUCUCAGCUUCUCUUAUUGUUCUCUACAUGAUGUGUUCCAUAGCCAAACUUAGAAAGUUCCGCAGAGUGCUUGGCCUUUGUUAUGUGGUUGUCAAAGUGAUGCUUCUAGUUGUUAUAGAAGUGGGCGUGUUUCCUGUCAUUUGUGGCUGGUGGCUGGAUAUUUGUUCCUUGUCGAUGUUUGAUGCUACCUUGAAGGACAGGAAGAACAGCUUCCAUGCAGCCCCGGGGACCUCCAUGUUUAUCCACUGGUUGGUGGGGAUGGUGUAUGUUUUCUAUUUUGCCUCCUUCAUUCUUCUCCUGAGGGAGGUCCUCAGACCAGGGGUCCUAUGGUUCCUCAGAAACCUGAAUGACCCAGAGUUCAAUCCCAUACAGGAGAUGAUACACCUACCAGUGUACAGGCAUGCCAGGAGAUUUUUGGCCUCUGUUGUGAUCUUUGGAAGCACAGUUCUAUUAAUGUUAUGGUUGCCUGCCCGAGUCAUUAGGAAAGUCUUAACAUCAUUUCUACCUUACCAUGUCAUGUUGUCAAGUGAUGCCCCUGUCAGUGAACUCUCCCUAGAGCUCCUUCUGUUACAAGUAGUGCUGCCUGCCUUACUGGAGCAGGGACACACGCGGAUGUGGCUGAAGGGGUUGAUACGGGGCUGGACUGUGGGCGUGGCUUAUUUUCUGGGUUUGAGGUCAUACCUGUUAGGAGAUGCACCACUACAUGAUGGGGACAAUGUGGUUGAGGGUGAACCAGCUGUCCAGGCCCAGCCUGCGGCACCCAAUAACCCUGCCCCACCCCCUGCAGGUGGGGGACUGAGAGCCGCCCAUGUCGCCAUGUUACAGGGUGGGGGACCUACAGGAUUCCAGUCUUAUAAAAGACCACCACUUUUCCCACUCAGAGUUGUGCUCCUUGUCCUCUGUUUAUGUUUCACUUUGUUUGCUAUGAGUUUGGUUUCCUUAGUAUUGCCAGUAUUUGUGGGUCGUAAGCUGAUGUCCCUCUGGAUGGGAGAAGCCAAGAUCCACGAGCUUUACACGGCCGCCUGUGGUCUGUAUGUCUGUUGGGUGGUGUUGAGGAUAGGGACAGUUUUAUAUAAUUGGAUCCCCCAGGGCACCUCAGUUAUUCUCAACAAGGUCAAAGAGUGGGUCUUCCUGGCUUCUAAAUGUAUUCUUGUGGCUUUCCUGUUGAUUGGAAUGGUGCCAUUAUUACUGGGUCUAUUGUUUGAACUGGUAGUGGUAGCACCACUUCGAGUACCUCUCGACCAAACUCCCAUAUUUUUUCCAUGGCAGGACUGGGCACUUGGUGUACUUCAUGCCAAAAUAGUGACUGCUGUGACAAUGAUGGGGCCUCAGUGGUGGCUCAAAAGGGUCAUAGAACAGGUGUAUAAUGAUGGCAUUCGUAACAUGAACCUUCGUUUUAUCCUGACAAAGUUAUGUGCCCCUGUUAUUGGGGUGCUAGGAAUGUCAAUAUCUGUUCCGUAUGUGGUAGCCAGGAGUAUAGUCCCUUUCUUAGGUUUUCCAUUUGAAGUUGAAAAUUUGGUUUUAAGAAGAAUUUACCCAUUCCUUCUUGCCUGCAUAAUUGGUGUACUGAUCCUUAUAUUCCAAAUUCGCCAAUUUAAAAGACUUUAUGAGCACAUCAAAAAUGACAAAUAUCUGGUGGGGCAGAGACUAGUCAACUAUGAACCACACACUACUGCCAAUGUGGUGCCACAGAUGCCAUCAUCUAUUGCCAUGCCAACCCCAGAUUAUAUGAUCCCAGCGGUUCUUCUGGAACCCUUUAGUGGAAUAACAAUGCCGAACGUUAUAGAAAUCAUCAGCAUUGGCUGCCAGGGGGCCAUGAUAUUUGGUGGAGUAAUUCCUUUCAUACCACAGUACUUAGACAUAAAGAAGUCAGGAAAUGCUGACGGAUUCUCCACAUUUGUUUGCCUUAACCUUCUCAUUGCCAACAUUCUCCGAAUUCUGUUUUGGUUUGGUCGACAUUUUGAGCUGCCUUUACUAGCUCAGAGCAUCAUCAUGGUGUUCACUAUGUUGGCUUUGACCGAGCUGUGUGUCCGAGUCAAACACAAGGGAGAGCUCAUAGCUUCUAAAGAACACAAGUUCACCGAUUCAUUUUCUGCUCAUCCAAAUAAUGGUGAAGUUGGUCAACGGUUAAAUCGUUCUGUUGUCCCUGUGAGAAAAUUUGUUGAUUUUGACAGAUCCCACUUCUGGAAGUGGACCUACUUUAGCAGCUAUCUGCAGUUUACGGCAGCCUUUACAGUUAUAGUGGGACUACUUACGUGGAUAUUUCUAGACAAUAUGUACUUUGUAGAGACUAUCGGCUUCCUUGCCAUAUUUGCCGAAGCAAUGUUAGGUGCUCCCCAAUUCUAUAGGAACUUUGUUAACAAGUCUACACAUGGCAUGAGUAAAAAGAUGGUAGCUAUGUGGACCUGUGGAGAUUGCUUUAAGACAGGCUAUUUCAUCGUCCGUCAAGCUCCGGCCCAGUUCUGGAUCUGUGGGAUGUUACAAGUGGGAAUCGACAUUUCCAUCUUCCUACAGGUCUACUGUUACAGGAACAAGGCAGCCAUUAGUUGACGGGGAGAAGCCAUUAGGAUGCUUUAUCACAAUGAAUCCAUAUUUCACAAGUGAACAAUCAUUUGACUCAAAAAUAUUUGAUAGUGUGUAUAUAUGUUAUUUUAGAUUUUAUUUUAUGUCUCUGUGUUCCUUUUUACUUUUUCACUUCAAAACCAUUUUACUUUGUUUAUAAAUCCUUGAUUUAAAAUCCACAUUGUUUGUUUUUGGUACAUAACUAUGCAUUUAAUCAACACCAAAAUCUCUUCAUUAUACAAAGAAACUUAAAAAAUUAAUCUCAAUAUGAAUAUGAAUGUAUGUUUUGAUGUAUUCAUAAUUAUUGUUUUUUAUUUUAUGAAUAUAUAGAUGUAUUAAUUUCAAAUUCCAAUGUUUGAUAAGUGCUUUUACUUUCCUGUGCAUAUGUAAAUUGUUCAGGGUUAAUGUGCCAGAAGUUUACACAGUAGAGCAUUGCAAAUAUGGAGGGUCCAAACACAUAUCAAGUACAUAAAUGCAAAUAGUACUGGUAUGUUUACAAGUGUAUUUUUUUCUGUGGGAAAUGUAGUCUCCAUUUUAUUUAUAUUAGUCCUUUCUUUGUUGUAUUUUAUUUGUAAUUUAAUGAGUAUAA